UUUCUCGGAGAUCAUGGAGCUACGAUUUCUUAAGCUGACAUGUCGGCUGAAGGCAUGAUGACGCCAUUGAUGAUCCUUCCAAACCAAGGUGUUCGAUGAAGCAUGGUCUCAGAGAAGAUAUCAUGAAAUAUUUCACUGUCACCUGAACAUGAAGGACCAACUUUUCCUGGUAGGGAGUUCUGCAGGAACAACAGACCGUGAUCCAUCCCAUGUUUCAAGGCCAUCUUCGCCUAUAAAUGUCUCUCCCCCUUUCCGAGUCCCACGCUAAGUCGGUCGAGGAAAGCAGAGACCGGUCACCGUUUCCCUUCGCUAAUGGCUGACGUUGCUUCUCCGGAACCCGUUAAGGUCUGCGUCAAAGCCGCCGCCGGCGCCCCCGAUGUCCCGGGCGACUGUCCCUUUUGCCAAAGGGUUCUUCUUACCUUGGAGGAGAAGAACGUUCCCUACGAGUUGAAGCUGGUCGACCUCAGUGAGAAGCCGCAGUGGUUCCUGGAGAUUAAUCCCGAGGGGAAAGUGCCGGUAAUCGAUUUUGGCGACGGCAAAUGGGUUCCGGAUUCUGAUGUUAUCACGGCGAUCAUUGAGGAGAAAUACCCCAAUCCUUCUCUGGUGACUCCGGCAGAAUAUGCCACUGUGGGAUCAAAAAUAUUAUCUUCUUUUGUCAAGUUCUUGAAGAGUAAAGAUCCCACUGAUGGUUCCGAGCAGGCCCUGCUGGAUGAGUUUCAUGCACUGGAAGAACAUCUGAAGGAUCAUGGCCCAUUUGUCAAUGGAGAAAAAAUUUCUGCUGUUGAUUUAAGUCUGGCACCAAAGUUGUUUCAUCUUGAAGUCACUCUUGCUCAUUUCAAAGGCUGGAGUGUCCCGGAGAAUUUAACUUGUGUUCAGAAUUACAUGAAGGUACUAUUCAGCAAAGAUUCAUUCAUAAAGACCAGCGCUGCUAAGGAAUACAUGAUUGCAGGAUGGGAGCCCAAAGUUAAUGCUUGAAGUUUGUUGACAAGAAUACUGUGAUCACAUUUAUAUCUGGAAUUGUACACUUGUGAGUCCUGUGUGGCGACAGUGUCCUCAUCAACUGCUACAUCUACCUGUUGUCUGUGUCGAAAGAAGCUGUUGUGGUACAUUUUCGAAGCUGUUGAAGGUGAAAAGUAUGCAGCUCAUGCUGAUCUUAGUCUUGUGUCCUAAACACCAUGCAUUUAGCUGUUUGUGUUUGCUACUCUUCCAAAACUAUGGUUUGGUUAUGAUUCACCUCUUGAGGGAGUUUGUCCGAUCGA